CCUGUACAACAGUCCUUCCUCACAGCCAGCUGCUCCACAGCCAGGAACACCACAGCCAGGAACACCACAGCCAGGAACACCACAGCCAGCAGCACCACAGCCAGGAACACCACAGCCAGCAGCACCACAGCCAGGGACACCACUAUGCUGUGCUGGUGUGCGCGUGUACUGCAGCUUGGUGUCCUGGUGUUGACUGUUGCUGCCCAGGCCACUGUAAAUGUCAGAUCUUGUGAGACCGAAGGUUACGGUCCGCCGCGGAACCUGACGGCGACGCCGGUGGGGUACUUCGCUCUCAACGUGUCUUGGGAACCACCAGAUGUAGAACCCCAAUACUAUGCGAUUAUUGCAGAUAAUCUCCUUGAUAGAAAAGAUGUAAACACGAGCAACACAUUCGUUCUCCUAGAAAACUUGACAUGCUGUUGUACCUACACGAUUUAUGCAGGGUCCGUUUACGGAGACGACGAGAAAUGUUAUACCACCAUUGACGCCACACCGAACCAACCACGUUACGGUCCGCCGCGGAACCUGACGGCGACGCCGGUGGGGUACUUCGCUCUCAACGUGUCUUGGGAACCACCAGAUGUAGAACCCCAAUACUAUUCGAUUCAUGCCUAUAGUGGCUAUGAUGAACAACGUGUGAACACGAGCAACACAUUCGUUCACUUUGAAGACUUGAGAUGCUGUUGUAGCUAUACGAUUAUUGCAGUGUCCAUUUAUGGAGACGGCAAGAAAUGUCAAGCCUUCAUUGACAUUACACCAAGCCAACCACUACCUAAGCAACCAGACUCCUGCAGUAUUCAUAUAUGGCAUUCAACCACAGUGGAAGUUACUGAACAUGGUGGAGGAGAUGAGUGCCCCUGGGGCUUCAACUACUUCGCCACCUGGAGCUGGGUGGUCUUGUGGAGUAACGAAACGGGAAACUACACCGGAAGCUUGAUACACAGCGUAGAUCCGUACACUAACGUCACUGCGACAGUGUUCGUGGAUGCGCACAAUGUCACGGGCACACCGCCAUCCUGUUCGGUCGUGACGCCUCAGACACAGUCCAGCCCCCCGACAAACCUCAGCAUCACAAGCCCCACUCACAAAACAAGAACUUUAAGUUGGUCGCUUCCUGAUCACAUCAACGGUGUCCUGAAGGGCUGGCUGCUCAACUGGGGAAAGCUUGGUGAAGCGCUGGACGGACAAGUUCAACUUGAACCUCAUUAUAGAGCUUAUACAAUGGAAGACAUAGAUCCUGGUUAUACAUAUGGCGUUAAUAUUAUGGCCAUCAAUGGUGCAGGCUUGGGGUCGCGGGCGUCAAUAGGGAUUACUCGUAAACACGACCCUGGAUUAACUACUACUCUAGCUAUAUGUGGUUCGCUCAUUGGGAUUGUACUUUUGGUGGGAAUUUAUCGUUGUUCCCGAAAUAUAAAACGACGCAGAGCUGCUUCGAGGACACAGCAGGUACAAGGAUCAUACGUGGAUCAUCAGGAAUCAUCACAUGAUCUAUAAGAUACAUUGGAAUAAAGUGAACAAAGACACUGCCAAAAUAAAGAACAAAGUGGACCCGGAUUUCAGUUGGCGGGAUGAGACGUUUUGGAACACUUCCUUCCACAUGUAACCUCUGUUUACCUAGGAGCAUAAAUAUGUGCUUGGGAGUUAGGCAACUGCUAACAAGUAUUUGUGAUUGUGUGUGUGUAAUAUGUUUUAAUGUAUUUUUGGUACAUUUGUUUCCUUAGUGUGAAUCUGUGACCUCUUGUUCUUGAGGUUGCUGGUUUCAGGAAUUCCUCUUUGUCAAUUUUGUCGAUUUCUGUUAUUAUUUGGUGGUGGUGAUCAUAU